CACUUUUUCGAAAGCUGCGGUCAAGGAUUCCAAGUCUGUCUCUGGCUGGAUACGGUCUUGUUCAGGUUUGGCACAUUGAUCGACUCGGAAGCUGACUGAUGCUAACGACAGAUGACGUUCGGUAAAUCCGAUUCUUCGGGAUUCUGACCAUGAAAGGGCUCAUUCACUGUUUCUACAGCGGCCUUUUAGUUCAUUACCAGAGAAAAGCUGAUCAAUCAUCUAGUCAACAGGUCUGACAGACCAUAGGCAACUGAAUUCAAGUGUGUUAAUAAUGUUCUCAUCGCCUCCUUCCCUUGAACAUAUAAAGCGAUCGUCGUGAUCUAGUAACAUUGUUAUCCUCCUGAAUAUUCCUUUUUUCAUCUGAAAUUAGCUUAUAUCGAUCCAUGGCCUCCUACGUAGUCACCGGUUCCAACCGUGGUAUUGGGCUUGCCUUCAUUCGUAACCUCAGCGCAAACCCAAACAACACCGUGUUCGCCUUGACACGUAACAAAGCAAACUCUGCUGAUCUCUUGGAGCUUCAGUCUAAACUCAAGAAUGUGCAUGUUCUGCAAGCAGAUAUCACUGAUGUUCCGGCUUUACGCGAGGCGGCAAAAGAGGUUGAGCGAGUGGCUGGCGGUGCACUCGACGUUUUGAUCAACAAUGGGGCAUAUCUCGCUCUUGACCGAGGCGAUUUUACGCUUGAUGCAUACGACGGCAAAGAAGACCUGCUAGACAAGGACUUCACUGACUUCUUCAAAGUGAAUACGCUGGGCGUCAUCAAGACGAUCAAUGUCUUCCUUCCUCUUCUGCGCAAGGCCUCGGAGAAGUCCCUCGCGAAGGUUAUCACCAUCAGCACUGGAGCCUCCGAUCUUGAGUUCACUGUUAACGCCGGAUUCUGGUGGUUCGCUCCAUACGCAACCUCCAAAUCGGCAACCAACAUGGUCAUGGCAAAGUACGCUGCGGCUCACAAACAGGAGAACAUUCUGUUCUUGUCAAUCUCGCCGGGCGCAGUGAAUAGCGCGAACGCCCCUCCCAACGAGGUGGAGGCGACGUUUGGUCCGAUGAUCAAGGUCUUCCAAUCAGGUUACCCGGAGUGGAACGGUGUGUUCCUCACACCAGAACAAUCUGUCUCCCUGAUGCUUGGUACCAUCUCCAAACUAUCAGUCAAGGAUAGUGGAGCUUUCAUCUCUCAGUAUGGGGACAAGGCGUGGCUUUGAAGUGUCAGCUGCUGAGGCGGGGGGCGUCGCGGCAUGGAACUGGACGUUUGUUGAUGCCUGAGCCAUUAAAGUAUACCCCUCGUGUCUGUAGUGGAAUGCAAGCAGGAAUCAUAUUAUAGCAUUAGAUUUGAACAUGUACAUUGUGUCACCAAGGAGAACUUCUGAAACUGCUACUGCUUGG